CAUGGCGACGCGCAUAUAAGCGUGCGCCGACGCCGCUCCGCACAGUACGCGACGCUAGCCCGUACGCACACGGUAUAGCUUAAGCUUUGUGAAGCAGCACCAACAUGAUGCUACGUUUGUCAACUUUUAUUGCGUUACUGGCAGUUACAUUGGCCCAGAGCGGCUACGAAUACAACAAACCGAACCAACCGUUUGGAUCGGGCACUACGCCGAAUCGACCCGGCUUCCCUGGAACCGGUGGAAGCUCUGGCGGCUACCCCAGCUCUCCGACUGCACCAUCUUCCCCCAAUGGACCUCAGCGUGACGAGUACCCCAGCACUGCAGGCGGUUCUACCCCGGGCUUCCCUUCUGGAUCUCCUAGCUACCCUACUGGCCCUAGUCAAGGCUUUCCAGGGUCUAGCCAACGACCAGGACAACCUGGGCAGUCCAGACCGCAAGGUGGUGCCGGAUUUCAGCCCACUUUCCCAUCUGGGCCACAGAACGUUCCGGGACAGCCCGGCGCGGGACCCUCUGGGACCGGUUUCGGCUCUGACACUGGCGCCUACGAGGGUGGAGACUACUCUGCUAUCCCCGGUGAACCGGACAGGGACUACCCCAUCCUUACCGAGAUCCCUCAGACGUCCUUCAGAUGCGAUGCUCAGGCUUAUCCGGGGUACUACGCCGAUGUCGAGGCCCGCUGCCAAGUCUUCCACGUGUGCGCCAACAACAGAACCUAUGAUUUCCUCUGCCCCAACGGAACCAUCUUCUCCCAGCAAGUCUUCGUCUGCGUUUGGUGGAAUCAGUUCGACUGCAACUCUGCCCCUGGUCUAUACGAGUUGAACGCAAAUCUCUACCAAGAAUCCCCAAGACCCGGUUCUGCUCAACAAGACUACGCUCCGCAAGGUCCCUCAGCUUCGUACCCUGGUAGCAUUGGUCCUCAAGGUCCUUCCUCACCUUACCCUGGCGGCAACACCCCUCAAGGUCCUUCGUCAUCGUAUCCGGGUAGCAAUGCCCCUCAAGGUCCUUCAUCUUCUUACCCGGGCGGCAACGGUCCGCAAGGCACACCAUCCUACCCUGGCAGCACUCCUCAAAGGCCUUCCUCGUCCUUUCCCGGUACCCCGCAAGGGUCUUCGCCGACAUACCCUGGUAGUUCUGGACCACAAGGCCCUUCGUCCUCUUAUCCCGGGAGCACGGGUCCAUCUUCUGGUUUCCCAGGCUCUAGCAGUCCGCAGGGACCCACGUCAUCCUACCCAGGAUCGCAAACUCCGUCGGGUUACCCUGGCUCUUCUACUGGAAACUUCCAAGGGUAUCCCUCGGGGGCACCUACUGGUCCGAGCUUCCCCACCGGUGGAAACACCGGGAGACCACAGGGUCCCUCCAACGAUAACUACCCACAACCACCUAACAGAGAGUACCUGCCACCUAGAAAUUGAGCCAUCCCGAUCUAUUGGUAACACAAUGUACCUACCUAUCUAGAUUGAGAGACUUGGAGCUGUUAAGAGUGUUAAGUUACUUUUAAUGUAGUCGCGUUGUGAAAACUACGUAAGUAGUAGUUGCCAUAAUGUUGUAUUUGUAGCCAGCCAGUAUUCUGAGGAUUAACGUCAUUUGACGCACAACUACAGAUAUUUGUACAAAUAAUAUUGGAGCUACUUUGGAUAUCAAGACUAAGUAUUAUUAUUAAGUACUAAGUACUUAAUAGUAGGUACUUAUUACCUACUCAUAGAUCUAUAUUAUUUUUCUGAUAUCAUGUAUUAAGUAAAUGUGUCAGGGCAUUAAAGUUAGACAAACGAUAAAGUUGGUGCUGCCUAAUGUUUUAGCUUAAGUUUAGUUUUUAAGACCUUAUACCUAGGUAUAAUUAAGUAUAAAUAUAAGUUUAUUUUCUUCCAAAAUUCUUCCUCUUAUAGUUUUGUUUAUCUACUAAACUAACAAUGUCUGUUUCUUUUAACUCUUGUUUUAUUAAUGAAAUUAUAGUAACCAAACGGUGCAACUUACUGUGCCUUAACUAAAGUUACCAAAUCUAGUGUUCGUAAUUAUAAGAUUAAUCAUUAGGUAAUCUUUAUAAAAUAUACCCGACAUUUAAUGUAAUAUGAACACUCUUUUUAAUAUGUAUAGAUUGUUCAGAGACUUGAAAUUUUGUGUUUAUUAGGUACUUUUCUUAAACAUUUAUUGAACUUUUUUUAUCAAAAUACUUUUAUACAUCUACUUCGAACAAACCUGGGGGCCAAUUUUUUAAUUUCGAGCGUUCCUGGAAAUAUUAUUGAAAGAAAUACACUAAAUCGAGCGGUCGAAAUCCAAAAACCGGCCCCCUGGUCGGUGCUAGCACCGUUUUACUAGUAAAAUCACAUAAACUAAAAACUAGAUUUAUUUAGUAUCAAAAAAUAAUGUAGGUAUCUUGUACCGAUAUCAUUUUGUAAUUACACAUCAGAAAUACAAUAAAAUAUUAUGAGAGCA